AUGUACUCGCGGAAGUCCUGGGGCGGCAGCAUGGAUCCGUUCGUCCUCACAAAAUUCAUCAAACCAAAGGACGUCAAGAAGCAGGAUGACCCGCUACGCAACUACAUCUGCGACCAAGCAGCCAAGAAGGCCGGCCAAUGCGAGAAGAUUGGAUCCUUCAUACUCUCCGAGAAUGCCACGGAGGUCUCCAAAUCACAGAUCAUCUCUGAAGCGAUACACCUCAGCGACCCAGCCGCGGUCAGCUACUCUGUCAAGAAGACCGGCUACUACUGUGUCGGCACAUACGCAUUCAGCGACAAGAACUACAAAGGCGUUGUCGAAUUUCGAAAUGCCUACGGCGAGCUCGCAGCUGCUCAAAUUGCCAAACUACCCUUCUACGCCGCCAUCACCAUCGUCUACGCUUUCGUCGCAAUAGCAUGGGGUGCGCUGUACUGGUUGAAUCGCCACGAUAUCCUCGCUGUCCAGAACUACAUCACCGCGAUUCUGGUCUUCCUCGUGGUCGAGAUGUUCAUGACUUGGCUCUUCUACGACUUCCAGAACCGACACGGUCUCAACGCAGGAGCUAAGGCACUCCUCGUGGUCGUCUCAAUCCUUAGCGCGGGCCGCAACAGCUUCUCCUUCUUCCUGCUCCUCAUCGUCUGUAUGGGCUAUGGUGUUGUCAAGCCUACCUUAGGCAAGACUAUGAUUUACGUCCGCUGGCUGGCGCUCGCACACUUCGUCUUCGGCGUCAUCUAUGCUGUCGCCUCCCUCUCCGUCACGCCCGAGAACGCCGGUCCACUCGUCCUGCUCGUCGUCCUCCCCCUCGCCGCCACACUCACCGCCUUCUACGUUUGGACCCUCAACUCCCUCAACCUCACGACCAAGGAUCUCAAAGAGCGCAAACAGACGAUCAAGGCCAGCAUGUACCUGAAACUGUGGUACUGCAUCCUGACCAGCAUCGUCGUCAUCUUCGUCUUCUUCUUCGUCAACAGCUGGAUCUUCGCUGGUCAGAGCGAUGAGGAUUUCGUGCCGAACCACUGGAAGAGCAGAUGGUUCAUUCUUGAUGGGUGGUUGAAUCUAAUCUACUUCUUCGAUGUCGCAUUUGUGGCGUAUGUCUGGCGACCGACGGCGAAUAAUCGGCGGUUCGCUAUGUCUGAUGAGAUCGCCCAAGACGACGACGGCUUCGAAAUCGCCUCCAUCCGCUCCUCCAUGGACCUCGGCUCCGACCUCGAAGCAGCCUCCACCAUGAAACAGCAACAAACCGACGGCGCACCGCCCGCCUACGACCCUCCCGCGCGUGGAGGAGCUAACCGCGACGCUUCACCUUUACCCGCUCCCGUGCCGCAGAAGCCUAUGGCGAUGCCGAGGGAGAGUUUGGAUGGGGAGACGAUCUUCGCGCUGGGUGACGAGGGUGGGGAUAGUGAUGAUGGGAGCGACAGCGAGAGUGAGCGGAGGGGGAUGAUGGGGGAGAGAAAGAGGGAUUGA